AUGGAUAUUUCAAACCAAAAUUUAGAUACAACUGAGAUUACAAUAAGAAAUAAUUCUAAAAUUAAUGCUAAAAAUUUAUGGAAAUAUGAUGAUAAUUGUGAAUAUCAGAUCCACGCUACAAUUUUUUCAACUGAUUCAACUACUGAAUCAGAUGAAACUAUUUCCUCUUUUAAAAAAGUAAAUAUUAUGGAUUUAGAAAAAAGAAAAGAAGUAUACGGAGUAUGUGGAGAAUGUAAUGAACCAGGCACAGGAUAUCUUUGGUGUCAACCUUGUAAUGCUAAAAGAUUUAAGGAUAAUUUUAAAAAUUGGACUAGUGGAAAUAAAAAUAUUGAUGAAUUGAUACAGCAAUCACAGCUUAAUACUUUUUUUGCUUCAAAAUGUCUUGAAUGGAUACCUUUUGAAAAAUUUGAAAAUGUUACCUAUCUUACCAGAGGUGGUUUUAGUAAAAUUUAUUCGGCUGACUGGCCCGAAGGAAGUAUUUGGAAUUGGGAUAUUGAAAAUCAAGAAUGGGAACGAAUUUCAAGAAAAGUUGCAUUAAAAAGUUUAAAUAAUUCAUCUAAUAAUAUAAGUAAUGAUUUUUUAGAUGAGAUUAAAUAUUAUAUUUCAGGUCAUUUUCAUGCUACUAAUACUGUUAUGUGUUUUGGAAUAACUCAAGAUCCAGAUACUAAAGAUUAUAUGAUGGUUUUAGAUUAUUAUGAAGGAGGAAAUUUGAGAAAUACUUUAGUGAAAGGUUUAGAUUAUAAAACCAAAAUUAGUUGUUUAUUUUGUAUUAUAGAUGGACUUUCAGGUAUUCAUGAUGCAGGAAAUAUUCAUAAAGAUUUUCAUUCGGGCAAUAUAUUACAUGAUAAUAAUUAUGAUAUACUAUCAAUUAGUGAUUUAGGAAUGUGUCAACCAGUAAAUAAUGAAGAGCAAUCAGUUAAAAAAGGAAUUUAUGGAGUAUUAUCUUAUAUGGCACCGGAAGUUUUACAUGGAUAUCAAUAUACGAAAGCAGCAGAUAUUUACUCAUUUGGAAUAAUAAUGAAUGAAUUUAUGUCAGAAGAAAUUACUUAUAAUGAUAUUUCUCAUGAUAAUAAUUUGGCUGUUAAUAUAUGCAAAGGAUUUAGACCAAAAAUUUCUGAAGAUACACCGAAAUUAAUUGCAGAUUUGAUUAUUAAAUGUUGGGAUGCUAAGGCAGAAAAUAGACCAACUGCUAAAGAAUUACGUCAAAUAAUCUUUAAAUAUGAUAAAGAAAAGGAAGAUGAAAACAGUGAAAUUAGUUAUCAAAUAAAAGAAUCAAUUUAUACUAGCAGACUUUUAAAUUUUGAAAAUCUUCCAGAACCAGUUAAUUCAACCGAUUAUUUAUCUUCAUUUCAAGAAACUAUUUCACCGUCAUCAGCAAAUCCAAUUUCUGAAUGUUUGGAUUGUGAAUUAAAUGAAUUAGAUCUCAAUCAAGACGAUGAUGAAUAA